UUGGGCGGCCGGCACCAUGUCGAGACAGACAAACCGCGGCACGGAGAGCAAGAAAAUGAGCUCUGAGCUUUUCACUCUGACCUAUGGGGCUCUGGUCACUCAGCUGUGCAAGGACUACGAAAAUGACGAAGAUGUGAAUAAACAACUGGACAAAAUGGGCUAUAACAUUGGUGUCCGACUGAUUGAAGAUUUCUUGGCACGAUCAAAUGUUGGUCGGUGCCAUGACUUUCGGGAAACUGCAGAUGUCAUUGCCAAGGUGGCAUUCAAGAUGUACUUGGGCAUCACUCCAAGCAUCACCAACUGGAGCCCAGCGGGUGACGAAUUCUCCCUCAUUUUGGAAAAUAAUCCCUUGGUGGACUUUGUGGAACUACCAGAUAACCACUCAUCCCUUAUUUAUUCCAAUCUCUUGUGUGGGGUGUUGCGGGGAGCCUUGGAGAUGGUCCAGAUGGCUGUAGAAGCCAAAUUUGUCCAGGAUACCCUGAAAGGAGACAGUGUGACAGAAAUCCGGAUGAGGUUCAUCAGGCGGAUUGAGGACAAUCUCCCAGCUGGAGAGGAAUGACCGCCCCCAGGACUUCAAGGUGCCCAACAGGAGCACUUGUUGGAUCAGAAAGCCUCAAUUCUCCUUCUGCCUCUAGAACUCAGUGACUCCUGAACACAGGUGUUAUAUAUUCUUCCAACGUUGUUUCCAUUUUCCAUGCUAAUAAAGAACAACUGUGAUAUAGUCCAUUU